AUGUCUUUCGUAGUGCCGGCAGAUACUGAGCUCUACGAUCUCCUAGGAAUCUCUCCAAAUGCCAACCAAGCCGAUGUAAAAAGAGCGUAUCGCAAGAAGGCAAAAGAACAUCAUCCGGACAAGAACAUCAAUGAUCCAGAAGCAAGUCGCAAGUUCCAAGAGAUGGCGUCUGCUUAUGAUAUCCUGAAUGAUCCUGAUUCUCGGGCUGCCUACGACGCGGGAGGCAUGGCGGGUUUGCGUGGUGGCGGUUCCGCUGCAAUGGACGAUAUUUUCAGCCAAUUCUUUUCGGGUUCAGGCUCCGGUUUUGAGUUUGAUCUUGGUGGAGGCGCCAGUCGCCAUCGGACGAAAGGCCAAGAUUCUAUCAUUUCAUAUGACGUGACACUUGAAGAUCUCUACAAUGGGAAGGCCGUGAAAAUGAAUAUGGAGAAGGAUGUCGUUUGUGGUAUAUGUAAAGGAACCGGAACUCGAGGAAAUGCAAAGCCAAGGCAAUGCACCACAUGUGAAGGCAAGGGCUGGACGUUUGCCCAUAACCAGAUUUCGCCGUCACGGAUCGGAACUACAAGAGCAACAUGCCACGAUUGUGAGGGCAGGGGAGAGAAAAUCAGAUCAAAGGACAGCUGUAAAAAGUGCAAAGGCCAGAAAAUUGUGCACGAAAAAACUCGCCAGGAAAUUUUCAUAGAGAAAGGUAUGACGGACAGACAACGAAUCGUACUACCUGGCGCAGGCGACCAAGAGCCCGGUUUGCCCACUGGCGAUGUAGUCUUUGUCCUUCAUGCAGCACAUCACGAAUCUUUCGAACGGUCAGGGAACGACCUCCUUGCUAAUGUCAAAAUCACACUCUCGGAAGCCUUAUUUGGAUUUUCUCGUAUACUUAUUACACACCUUGACGGUCGGGGAAUUAAGGUUACGAGUCCUCCUGGUAAGAUAAUAAAGUCAGACGAUUCGAUCGUGCUGCGAGGAGAGGGUAUGCCUAUUUACAAGAGGCCUAACGAAAAGGGAGACCUCUUUGUGGUCUUUGAAGUCGAAAUGCCGGAUGAACAAUGGUUAAAGAAUGUAGAUCAGAAGACUUUAGAGGCGCUCCUACCGCCCAAGAAAAGCGAUUUGGAUCCUCAACCGGAAACUAUUGAUGCUGCAAACUUUGAAGAGAGUGACAUUGUGGAUUUCGGUCAAACGGAAGAUGAUUGGGAGGAUGAAGACGACGAUGACGAUGGUGAUAUGGAGCCAGAGUGCCGACAGCAGUAAUCUACAUGCGCUGCUCGCAUUGAACGAUUGUUUUCACAGCUCAGUUUUUCUACAUUCUCAUUGUAAUGUAAACUCUGUUUUUAUCUUUGCCAUAUAUUUGUUAGGAUGUAUACUAAUGCUCCUUUACUCCACUACUUAUCCAUUGAUUGACUUCAUU